CAGCCUCUCACCUUCAAACAAAAUGGCAGCUUCCAUUGCGUUCCAAUUUGACAACAACUCAGAUCUUAAGAUAGAUUAUUCGUGUGUAUUUUAAGAAUGACAUCAAACGUUUGAAAUGACUGUUUUACUGAGAAGACAAAUCUUUAUGAUUGAGCAGUUUUCAUUGAUUGGAAAAAGACCACUUGCAAAAACUGGUUCCGACAAAACUCGUUGCCAGUGCCCUGUGGCAGUGGCAGUGUUUCCUUCCAUUUCUCAACCAUGGGCAUACAUGAACUAUGCAACCAAACCAGAUGUAGUUGUAGAAGAUGAAAACAUACCAACGUCACAUGCUUUAGCUAAAGGCAAAGAUGACACCAACAGAAAGACAGUGAAGAUACGUGUGCCAAAAAAUGUUAGAAACACAGUGACAGAUCAGGAAGAAAAUAUGAAGAAAAAUGUUGACUUUGAAGAAAAGACUUCAAACAGUAAAUUGACUGAAGAAGUUUUUCUUUAUAUUAGAAAGUCAUCCAUAACUGUAGAUUUCAAUAAAAAUGUAAAAUUGACAAAGCCUAUACAUGUUCGCAGCCCUCGUGGAAAAGAGACGCUUGUAAUUGACUUGGAUUAUGAAGAAGAGGUGGAAGUAGAUAAUACAAACCCAGGGCAGAAUAUUGAAUCCAUAAAUGAAGUCUUAUGGAGGGACACAAGAUUAGACUACAAAAAGUUACCUCAAUAUUAUAUGAAGCUUUCUAAAAUAAGACUGACAGGUUUGGUGGUGAUAACUACCAUGGCAGGUUAUGGCAUUGCCCCAGACCCAUUCAGUGUGGGAACCUUCCUGCUAUGUACUGUGGGAACCGCACUCACUUCCUGCUCAGCAAAUGCCAUUAACCAGUACUUUGAAGUGCCAUUUGACGCACAGAUGAACAGAACAAAGAACAGAGUGCUUGUCAGAGGACACCUUAGCCCACUUCAUGCUGCAACGUUUGCUGUGAUAACUGGGGCAAUGGGAAUCUCUGUCCUGUCGCUAGGGGUCAACUCGCUCACUGCCUGCCUAGGGGCCUUCAACCUCGGCCUGUACACACUGGUGUACACUCCCAUGAAGCGCUACAGCAUUGCCAACACCUGGGUUGGGUCUGUUGUGGGAGCUAUACCACCGAUGAUGGGCUGGACUGCAUGUACAGGAUAUCUUGACCCAGGUGCUUGGCUGCUAGCUGCUAUACUCUAUUCAUGGCAGUUUCCACAUUUCAACUCUCUCAGCUGGAAUCUGCGACCAGAUUACUCACGAGGUGGAUACAGAAUGGCGAGCGUUGUUCGACCAGAGCUCUGCAAACGUGUCGCACUGCGUCACAGUAUUGGCAUGAUACCACUAUGCACACUGGCACCACUGAUAGACCUCACAUCAUGGUGGUUUGUGGGAUACUCAAUACCAUUGAAUGUGUAUUUGUCGUACUUAGCGUGGAACUUCUACUGGAAAGGAGACAGCAAUUCUUCAAGAAAAUUGUUCCGAUUCACUUUAGUCCACAUUCCUGCUUUGUUGGUGUUAAUGAUAGCAUGCAAGAAGCGCAACAACCGUCAAAAUGCAACAGAACAUUUGACCUUGGGGAAUGUGAAUGAAGACUCUGUUUCCUGAAAGCAUAUCUUAGUUUAAAAAAAAAAAUGAGGAUGUCUGCUUUUUAAUUUCCUGGCAAUGAAAAACAAUUGUCUACGGUGCAAUGCUCAACAUUUAGCGGAACAUUUAAUCAAUUGUCUUUUGUAGAGCGAACAUUAUAAUGUUCAAGAUGUAAUAUAAUGUUGGCACUUUCAAUGUUUCUUAUUUAUAAAAACAGUUUAGUAUUAUUGUUUAUGAUAGUUUGUUGGAUUUUAUUACUCAUUUUUAUGCAAUGAAAAAAAAAUGAUUUAAAAAAUUGAAACAUCUUAAUUGCAUGUUUAUUGUAUGAGAAUUGAUUGUACUGCAACAUGUUUGAUAGGAAAAGAAAUACCAGUGUCUGUUUGUCAUGGACAAAUAACUGUUUUUCUUGUCAAUUUAAUUUUUGCUGCUAUUUGGUUGCUGCUAUUUGGUUUUCAUGCAAGCUUUACAUUUGUGUGUAUAAGACAGGUAUCACAGGUUUUUAGUAAAGGGCAUGUGAACAGUUUAGAUGCUUGGGCAAUAUAAGUCCACAGCCACCGUUAAUAUACAGUCACUAUUUAUAUUUGCCUAAAACUAUGCGAAGUGUUUAUUAAAAAAUGUUACUUUCACAUAGUAAGUUCUAAGGUUAGAGCAUAAAUUAUUUAUGGAUAAAUAUUAGUACAUUUACAUGUGAAAACAUUGUCACAAUGUCUGUUAAUUUAAUAUUACCGGUAAUUAAAAUAGGAACCCAGUGUAUGCUUUGGUUCGUAUGAUAUUUAAAAUGAUCUACAAUGUCAAAAUUCUUUGUAUGCCUUUUUACUUCCUGUUUUUCUGAUUAAAAAAAAAUUCGCAUAGACCAGAAUUGAAACUAAAUAAACUGCAGUGAUGCAGAGACGUAGAUAACAUUAUCUAUGUCUCUUAUUAAUGCAACCUUUUGAAUUUUAUAAACCACUGAAGUGAACAGUUGUAAAAUAUUGUGUGCUCUGUCUUUCAUUUUGUGAUUGGUAGUUUUUUCAAGAAUUAAAAUUCGUGUGUAUUCAUUUAUUUACUAUUGAAAUAUGAAACCUGUUAAUUGGCAGCCAUAUACUUGGUAAAAUUUUUGCAGCUGGUCAAAAUGAAUUGUGCAUAGGAAUUAUUCAUGGGUAAUGCAACUACCCAGUAUUGCAAGAUGCCAGUGGAUGUUUUAGAACACCUUUUAAAAUCAGUCCUUAUAGACUAUCAGUGCCUGACAAUUAUCAUUUACCAUGAUGUAAUACUGCUUCGUAUCUGAUCUUUCUAACCUAUGUUUGAUUUGGUGAACUUCUUAAGGCUAAAAGUAAACAUAUUGACAAUACCUUGAAGUCUGAGAUAAAUUUGUAUUAAACUUGAGUUCAAGUUAUCAAUAGAAGAUCAAUUCUGUAAUAAAUAAAUGGGUUUAACAAA